CACUUGCGAAAUAGCUCACGAAAAGAUGACGCUGAGGAAGAUAGGGUGUUUUUCUCCCUGUUUGAGCGUCUUUUCUGCCUUCGUUUAAUUUCCAUCCAUCCAUCUCGUCUUGUAAUUUCGUUUUUGUCAGAAACAUUUACCCUGUUUUAUGAACUUCACAAAAUUAGACUUUCAGUUUCAUCUUGAAAGUCUCAGACACAUGCGUGGUUUCUGUGCCUUUGCUUGAAGAGAAAGUUGCAAGCAAAUUGGUAGAUAUACCCGUGUGACGAAAUGCAAUAGCCUACCUUAAACACGGAACAGCGGUACGGUGGGUUUUAGUCCACACAAUCUGGGAAAAAGGUGCCCCGGAAUGAAGGAAGUCUUUGGAGUAAUGAAUUCAACUAACAAUUCAACUAAAGCAUUAUCCGAGGAGCCUUACAGGAUUACUUUAGUGACUAUAUACACCAUAGCGCUUUUAGGAGGCAGUGUGGGGAUCUGUCUCUUGUUCAGUGUACUAAAAUCCAACUUGCAAACCAUUACCACCAUAGCGGUCACCAACCUAUUAGUAGUGCAUUCGAUUUUCCUCCUGACGGUGCCGUUCCGAAUCUAUUACUAUGUGACUAACAUAUGGAACUUGCAUCAGGGUUUCUGCAAGAUGGUCAGCGGUAUGAUUCACGGCCAUAUGUACAUUGCCUUCCUUUUCUACACGAUCAUCCUGGGGAUCCGCUACCAUACCUUCUGCUCAAUGGGGGAUGAGGUGCAGUUUUACAGGAAGCUGCAUGUGGUGCUUGCAAGUCUUAUUGUCUGGGCCUUGGGAUUACUCAUAGGCUUCCCCGUGAUCGAUCUGAUGUAUGGGUCAAACACGAACUCCGCAGAAAAAAAGUGCUUCAAUUUUGGCAAGGAGUUGCAGGCAAGCACUGCAGCAGCAGUAUUGAAUUAUCUAGGCAGUGUGGUCAUCAUCGCCACCAUCUUCGCUCUCACCUGCUGCCAGGGGCAGAUUCUGUGGCGCAUCUUUCGGCAGUACGGAGCUGACACACACACUCGGCAGGAGUUUGGAGUGCAGAAAAAAAACCUGUGUUUCCUGCUGGUCAUGAUACUCUGCUUCCUCCCGUACCACUUGUUUCGCUUCUACUACAUUAGCCACUCUGCUGAUUUUGAAAAUGAGAAUGAAGUGUUGCUGGCCUUCACGGCACUCAGUUGCUUCGAUUCACUGAUUUUUCUGGAAAGGAACAGUUUAUGUGCAUAGUCUGAAUUGAUUAUGUAAAGUGGCAUUUUUUUAACUAUCUGUGGGUCCCUGAGGACUGGGUUGAAAAUCACUAAUAUAAGAGAAAACUGGUUGUUUUUUUUCUGGCUUUUUUAUCCUUGUGGUUGACGUCAUUAAAUGGCUUAGUGUGUGUGUUUCCUUAGGCAGAAUAUGACAUCUAGUGGUCAUUUUAUUUAUCACACGUUCAGAAUGGUUAUUUAUAUGUAAUGUUUAACUAAUCAUUUAAUUUUUUCUGACAGUUCAAUACUAAUUUUCAGCUUAAUAUAAUAGAUGAAAAAAUAUAUAUUUGCAAAGUUAAACUGACCCCUUGCCGGAAUACUAUGCUUUAGUUCGGGCGAUUUUUUUGACGCUGAUAGAUAUUAAAAUAACAAGGCACGCUGUGUAUUAUGAUGUCUCAGGUGAUACUUUGAAUGGCAGACACGAAUUUGCCACCUCAUUUAGCCAAGUAUUACAAAAAGAUUGCAUUUAACUUUCUAACAGAGGCACGUGUACGCCUAGUUGUUGGUGCCCAUGAUCAAAUGAUAAUAUGCAACUCCUAAAAUAAGUAGGUCAGCAAACCGCAUCAGCCCUUGCUGCACGGUGGAUGACACGAGACAAGUAUUCAGAAGCAAUUCGGAAAUGAAAGUGACGUGGCAGCUCGUGCAGUGGACUUUCCCAUCCCCUCUCCCCUCCCAGCUACCGCACAUAAAACGUGGAAGCCUAAUUCGGAAAUAUUUGCAUUUACUAAGCGCAAAUCAAUGUUCCAGAUAGCGCUUUGAUGUCGCGAAGUGCAAGUUGUAUUUUUUAUUUUAAUGUCUGACAAAGUCGUAAAUGAUAUAACUUGCCGAAAUUAUUUUAAUGAGAGCUGCGAUCGGUAAAACUCAAAGUGUUUAAUGUGUGUUGAUUUGCAUAAGCAUUCGUCUGCCAUGUCAUUAAAAUUUCUCAUCACCCGCUUGUCUCCCGCAUGGGUUUAUUUGGAGAGCGUGGAGGAGAUAAGGGCCUGUGAGAUAAUGAAUGCCUUCUUUCUGAUUUCCAUCCCUCUCCUACGGAUACCAUUUCCGUGUCUUGUGUCCUUCUCAUCCGCGAUGGGCAAAUAGUAAAAAAAUCUCAUUUAUGCUGCGAAAUUCGGACAGUUGAAGUCUUUUUAUUCCUCUGCCAUUUGCUUACGCACACUCAGUUGUUUUACCAGAACUUGGCAUUUUUAAAAAUAUAUAAAUAAUCUUUCGAGGACAUAUAUGUUUUGCGAAAAUUUACUUUACUUGAACAUUUGUUCAACACAUUCUACAGUAUUGUUAUUUCCCAAGACAGUUUUUUCAAACUAUGGGACAUGUUCUCCAGUAAGUGUAUUAAGUGACAAAGCAUCCUUAUAAGAUUAGCAUCCCAAUGUAGGUCAGUCUUAUCAAAAGCCAUAUUUAUAUCAAACGACAUUUAUUUUGUCAAGGUACUCAGAUGUGCUGAUAGGCUUUGAGAAAAAAAAGUCCCAAACUGGUGCUUAACACUGCUCCUGCUGCUCAUUAAUAUGUCCAUAGAAAUGAGCGCAGGUCUAGCAUGAUAUUGAUUAUCUUGAUCGCAGUCGUGUGCCCGCUAGUUCAGAUGGUAGGGGGGACAUUAUACUCUAACACCUGGAGGAUGAGCCGGUGACCAUGUUAAUGCAAAACUACAAAAACACCUUCUGCAGUUCAUUACCGAUGUAAUCUGUGUUACUUUGGGGUAGUUCUCUAUGGACUGCCAGACAUCGUACACUGACUGCUGUGCUCUCUCCUCCGUAACCCAACUGUUAGAUGACUGUUAGGCAUCUUGGACCCACACGGUGCAAACCUGGGAGGAGUUAGCUGUAGUAUAGCUGCACUCGAGACUAGUACAACAGCUCACUGCUGCCCCGGCCGUUGCUGCACCUAUCUAGGCCCCUAGGCUGUCAUUCAGGAGAUGGCUACACAGCAGCAUUUUAUCAAGCACUUUCCCUCUUAUGGAGGAGAUGGCACUGAAUGAGCCUGCCAGUUUUAUGCAGUGUCCAUGUAUUUUUGGGUGCUUCUAGUCUUAUUUUUAACAAUGACUUCUGGGUCAGUUUCCAUGUGUCGUGACGCUGAUCCUGCUACAUGGGUGAUAUAACGUCACGUCACGCCCCUCAUGUCACGACAGGAAUUUUAACUGCUUGUACCCGUUUUCUUCAUUAAGCAUCAUUGAGCUGUUGAUUGAAUUAAUCAUGUGAUUAACAUCAUGUUAAUCUGAAUUCUUUGAUUGAACUGUCAUAUCAUUAUCCAGUUGCUAUUAAUUUCAAGAUGCAAAUAAUAAGUGCCAUAGUGAAAAAAAUAAGGCUUCUAAACAUUUUUGAUCUUGAGUAUUAGUUUUUAAAUUGUCUUUCCAUUUAUAGAUUUUAAACAAUCAAGUAAAAACCUGUUGAAUUUAUAUUCGCUUAAUUGCAGUUCAUACAGAUUGUCUGACAUUCUUUACAACAUAAUUAAACAUAGUCUCAGUCUUCGCAGCAAUUUCAUAAUUCCAUUAUUGCCAUUAUACUUAUAACUUUAUGUCUUUUCACUCUCAUGGUUUAAUUUGUAUUCUUUAUUUUUACGGAUAUUACAUUAGAUGUGUGGGGCAGCAUGGUGGUGCAGUGGUUAGCACUGUUGCCUCACACUUCUGGGACCUGGGUUUGAGUCUCCGCCUGGGUCACAUGUGUGUGGAGUUUGCAUGUUCUCCCCAUGUCGUCGUGGGGUUUCCUCCGGGUACUCCGGUUUCCCCCUACAGUCCAAAAACAUGGUGAGACUAAUUGGACUUGCUAAAUUGCCCGUAGGUGUGCAUGUGUGAGUGAAUGGUGUGUGAGUGUGCCCUGCGAUGGGCUGACCCCCCAUCCUGGGUCGUUCCUUCCCUCGUGCCCAUUGCAUAGGCUCUGGACCCCCCGCGGCCCAGUAGGGUAAGCAGUUUGAAAAAUGGAUGGAUGGACAUUAAAUGUAUUACAAUAUGUUGUGCAUGUGUUUGGGAGGGGGGGGGGUUGUUGUGCAUGUUUGAUUUUACAUUUUCGUAGUGUAUACACGAAAGCGUUUUUGUCAUCCUUCCUCUGAGCAGAUUGCUGGAGCAGUCAAACCUUGCAAAUCCAUUUAAAAUCGUUUAUUUCUGGCGAACCAUUUACAGCACUCAGUAGGUCAUUUGUAGAUCUGAAUGAUGUGCUUUUUGCCACACAUCAAGUUAAUCUGAAUUUGCAGAUUCUUCGGUGAGGCUGUAACAAAAUGUCAACAUGCAGGAUGGUGGUUUAUUUGCAGUUAUUCUGUUUAAUUCAGUUUAAUAUUAGUGACUGGUGAUAAUUCACAGGGCCCCGGCUGUUAACCUUGGCUGUCAUUCAGAAGGCAGCACCAAAUGAACAGUGGCUGAUCACAGAUUAAGCAUGAGAUCACAGAUGAAUGAAUGCAUCAACCUUGUUGCUGGUCAACCCCUUCCUGUUUUACUUCAACUUUUCCAAGCAUUUAAUCUUUUACUAUGGACCUGAUCUCAUUACUGUUACGUGUCAUCAAGUCGGGCUCGACUCCCGGUGACCGCAAGGCUGGCGUACUGCCUGGGUCCCGAUGACAUGUAUGUUGUUGUCAUGAUACUGUAGCAGGUCUUAUAAAAUACUCAUGUGUAAAUUUGGUAUUUUCUGCUUGAUAAUGCAGGUUUAAUUUGUUUAAGAAUCAAUGCUUGUUUACCAUGUGGUCCGUGAUAUUCUUGGAGAUCUCUGUCGAUCCAAAAGGUAUCGGUAGUGUCUUCAUGUCCUGCCCCUUCUUUGGCAGCUUUUGCAUUCAACAAAGAAAAUACUGAAUAAUUUGCACAUUGUCCAUUUGCACAACCUUUACCACUAAAUCAGAUAUUUAACUGAUACAGCAAUGUGCAGUGCUACGAUGGCGCUAGGCGACAAGAAUUUUUCAGUUCCAUUAUAAUCUUGUGGGGCCACCGUUGUAUAUGUGGUCCGUUGGUGACCGAAAUGUUGUUAUGCGGUGCAUGACUGUAUAUUUUUUUAUUUAUAUCUUAUGUAUUUAUAUCUACCCCAUAUUUACUAUCUUAUGUCUUGGUAUGUCUUUUAUUUUUAUGUCAUACAUAUGUAUUUUUUAUGUUUUUUUUUUUUUUUGCUCAAUGACCAAAGAUAUUUCAUCUCAUUGUAUGGUGCAUGCGUCACGAAAAUACUUUGACUUGACUUUGACUUUAUUGUCUUACAUGCACUCAAUUUGAUCAGUUCUACCAAAUCAUUUAAAAUGUUUAAAAUGAACGUUAUAUGUUAUUUAGAGUUUUAAGACAUUUUUUUUUUAAUGCAAGUAUUUUUUUGCAAUAUGAAAUAUAUCAGUAUGUUGCUUCAAUUCAUGACAAUGGCCUGAGGAGGACAUUUGAGGUCGAGAAAGUAAAGUUCCAGGCCAAGAUUUUGCUUUAACCAACUACUUAUGUCCUCUGUGACUGUGACUCUUUACACUGAACUGGUUGGUUGAAACAAAAUCUUGGACUGGAUUUUUACUUUCUGGAACAGAAAUGUCAGCUUCUGCAGAUGUCAAAAAAAAAUCUGAGUUCAGGUUUUAACAUGCCAUACCACCAUGUCAUCUGUGAUGUAAAACUUCAUUUAUAUACAUAUAUGUAUGUGUGUAUAGAUAAACUGCAGACUAGAUCUUCUCUUUUUCUCAUUAAUGAAGAUUGAAGAUAAUUAAUGGUAGUGAUUUAUGGGACUUCAGUCCUGCUUGUAGAAGCCUGUUACAGGCUGUCCUAGCAGUGUACUUCACACCUGCACUUAAUGUUAACGGCCGUCUCUGGCAUUUUGCCCUUUACCUGGCUGGUUUCUGGUCAUUCCCAGUGUCUCCUGCUUCACCUUAUUCUUGUGUACUGCUGUCUUAGAGAUUUUGAGCCUGGAAGCAACCUGCUGCUCAGCCUAGCCUUCUGUCUGCAGAACCAGGAUUAAACCAGAAAAUGCAAACUAAAAAACUACAUGGAGUGGUCUCUUAAUGUUUUCCAGAGCUGUAUGUAACCAUCUGAAGAGGUCAUGGGUUCAGGGCCAUAGCCUUCAGGAUUUUUUUUUCAAUGGAAAUCAAAUUUAUAUGCAGGUAAUGAGAUGCAUUAUAUGCAAGUCACACUGCUGAACUGUAGUCUAACUCUUAUAUCUAAAUAAUAGCACAAGAUUGUUCACUGUGUUCUAACAGGAAGUUCAAAAUGCCUGUAUUUUCUCACCAGGGACAUACCCGAAGACAAAUAGCAGCUAUAUCUCUGAGCCAAACAUCAAUACUACCCUUCUGUAUAUGACCUAGGUCACAACAAUAUGUUAAACGGUUUUCCUUUAAACAUUCACAAAUUCAAUCCCACCUGAAGUUCAGCUUAUAUUAUAGUAUACAAAAUAUUUCAGUUAUUUUGUAGAAAUAUACAUCCCUAAAAUCAUUAUUUUGGUCCUUCAAUUACAAUCAGACACUCAAUGCAGGGUUAUAACUUGUUUGUUUUUAUGUAGGAUCAAGUGAACUUCAGGUUGUUAUACGUACAAACCGUUAAUUAAAAUCAAGAUGAUGGAAAUAUCAUUUAGGUUAAUGAGGCACUUAUAUUCCCAUAAUUUUGUAGGGUGAUCUCUGGAACUACUUCAGAAAAAAAUCAGAGUGAAAUACUGCAGUUGUGUAAACGACCACAUUAAGCAAGUUAAGUGGGGGGAGGUGAAGUUAUUUUGAGCUCUUGGGGACCCGUUUUGUCAUCAGUAAGUACAUUCCAGCAAAAUCGAUUGCAUUCUGUUGUAUUAUAUUAUUUAUAUAAAAAGAGAGAAUGGAAAAUAAUCUUAAGUAGAGUUUGCCGUAGGUCAAAACAAAGCAUUUUGUUCUUUUUUUGUUUGCUCUAUAGAGACCUUUUUUAUACCAAAAAUCAAUUGCUGCAAACACAGUUUCAAUUGCUGCAGUUAAUACAUUCCAAGUAUGUAAUAUCUUUUUCUUGAACAGGGCAAUGUAUCUCCACCACAUUUAGCUGUGUUUAAUUCACCCAUUCUCUCUCCACAAUAGGCAAAUACAUUUCCCUUUUGUUCUUUCAGUAAUAGAUUUCUUUAAUGCGGCUUAUGUGUAAUUUAACAAAAACGAUCACACUUGUAUGAAUUAAAAAAACCAUUUGGUUGGUGUAUUCUGAACAUUGCACUCUGAAUACAUGAAUAGUAAUAUAAUUACAAUAUGCAAUAAAGGUUAACUAAUUUUUCUGAAAAUCUUCUUUUUGAAAGAGACAUUCACCAGAAAAGGUUCUGAAUGAGACAUUCACACCUGUAUUAAUGCAUAAAAGAAGGUUUAUGAAUUCUGUGUUUUAUUCAAAUGUAUAGGCUUUGUUUGGGUACUCUGAGUCAGUCAGGAUUUGUUUGUUUUUAUAUAUUUUAUGCAGUUUUGUUAAACUUUACAUUGACAGAGCUUAUGUCCCCACGCCCUCGCCGUGACAAUGUUAUUAACUUGAAAUGGCAAAACGGACAAUACAACUUUAGGACUCAGCCUUAAUAUGUGUGAAUCUUUUUCGAAACUUGAAAAAGUUAUGAUCUUUCCAUGAACGUUGCUUUGAGAGUCACAGAAGUCCAUGUUGCACUCUGUAAAUGCUUCUCUGAAGUUUGAACAACAGCAAACUUUAGGAAAGAAACAGUUUGCUGCAAAGACCUCCACUGCUGAUUUGUAUCCCGUCAGCCAGCGCUGCACAAGGAGAUGGAUGGCAUGACAACCUGACAAACUGCAAAGCUAUAACUAAGACAUUUACCUUCACACAUCGGUGGUAUCUCAUGUAUAUUAUGCUAUUUGCAUGAAGCUUUAUCCUGUUUGUUUCCAUAGUCGAUCAAUUAAUUUUUUUACCAGCCAAGAUAAUCGUAAAGACAUCCUGCCAAGUGCUGAUGACAGGCGAUGAGUGUGAGUAAUACUGAACUUCCUUUACACGGAAUGUCAUUAGUUCGACUAAGAAUAUUAACAGUUAAGUGGACUGGGAGAUACUUGAUUGGGAAUUGGGAUCUGACAUUUUCAUUGCCUGGAACACGUUCUUUUGACAUAAUCAGCACAGCACCCAGAACAAACAUACCAGUGUCUUGUUUCAGGAGGUUGUGUUGAAGAAGGCGUGUUUCUGAAAGGGAAGAGAGAACGGAUUAUGUAAGUCUAUGAGAAGGAUUUGUCCGUGCUUGCAGUGAGCGUGGAUUGAGCAUGACGUGGGAUGUAUUUUUCACCCUCCUAUAGGUGCAAUAAUAAAGUAGCUGCUUAAACCAGGUUCAACUGGAAACGCGUGAUGUGGGGCAGGUGGUGCAUUCAAGGGGUGCUUAAUGAACAGCCCUACUCAAGACUGAGUGGUCAUGCUAGAACUAACCAGCAGAUGUCACCAAAAUCCUGUGAUACAUGCCCUGCUGCACCCACCCUCCCCCCCCCCUUUUAAGACAUGACAAGGGAGUUUGAGAUCAACGCCCUUUGUCCAGUUGGACGUCUCGGCCUGUCUUGCGUGUACGGACAGGUGAGACUGCAGAUUCUGUGGUGGUGUAAGACGGAGAAGGACUUCAGUAGAAGCUUUCUUCUGAUUCUGUGACAGGUAAGACCCCUGAUAUAACACCAAGACAGGUAGACAUCUUCCCUGUACGGUAGUUUCUGUUUGCUACCACAGUUUAUAGAGAGUAAAUAAUAAUUUCACACCUCGCUUUUCCAUAUUUAUGAUUGCUCUGGAGAGCAUUUUUUAUUUAUGUUGACUGCUUUUUAAAAAGUGGACAGGACUUUUCUUCCCCAUGUGUCAAAACAAACUGUGUUGUAUAAUUUAUGUGAUUUAUGAUGUAUCACAGAACUUGGCUGAUAAAAAAAAAAGUUUUCACUAUCCUUAUGAUGAACAAUAAAUUCAUUAUAUACAGAAAUCUGUUCGUUGGACUUAAUGGCUACUUACUGAUUAAUGAUACUGAUUUGCUGACUGUGAAAUUUCUUAUUUAAUUGUUUAGUAUAGAUAAUUUCUGGCUUUAUACAUGAUUACUAAGGGAUUUACUAAGGGAUAUAUAUGUAUGCAUUUAAAAGUAUGCAUGUUACAUUCACAAGUGCUUGGCGUGAUUAAUGUUGCAUAAGGUCGAUGUUCUACUAUGUGUUGAACUAAACAUGUAUGCCUCUAUAUUGACACUUACACAGAAGAAUGUCCUUUUCUAUGGACCAGAUUCAACCAUCUGUGUUUUUACAGGAUUUCAGCAAUAAACAAGCCAGUGUUAGCAUGCUGAAUUCUGGACCCCCAUAAACAUACAAAUGAUUGUUUUUGAGAAAUCCUCUCAAAGUACAUCAAUCUGAUUGUGGAUCAGCAUGCAGGGCAGCUGCGGUAAAAUUGUGUAAUAUUUAUGUAUAAUAAAGCAAGUUAAUUUGAACAAUUUUGUAUCUAAUAUGAAUAGUAUGUCAAUGCUUAAUAUUGUAGCAUAUAUAGCAACUGUAAAAAUGUGAAAUGUUAUGUAACUAAUCUAUCAACUUGAAUACAAAUAAAUUGAGCAAGGCACAGGAAGGCCUGUUAUUCCCAUUUCCAUGUUCCAGAAACACCUCAUAACAAUGACUACACUUUAUUAAUAUCAGCUUCCAUCCAGUGCUACUACAAGCCAAGAUGUUCCGUAGCUGAGUCACUGAUCCCUGGGUUGUAAUUUACCUUGUUUCUUUACCCUUGUGCUUUACUCCAUAAUAUGUAGAACUAAUGAUGUUAUUCAUUAACUUCAAACCAUUUGUGAAAAUACAUCACCAUGCAAACAGCUAUUUCUCUGCUGGGAAUUGGCUCCGACUUGGACUUCCUCUCCUUGUGAAACAUUCCGAAGAUGUGGUUACAUUUGUUUGCGUUUUCAUUUGAUCUCAUGCCAUAAAUGCAAUAUUCCCCUCUUCAUUUUCUUUUUUUUUUGUUAAUUUCACGGCACGUCGUUUUGUUUAAUCAUUUUAAGAGACUCGUUUGAACUAUUUUAAGAC